AAAGAAUCAUAGAAGAUGGUGAGGACUAGAUGUUUCAUGUUGACUGUCUUACUGUCAGUCAGUGGUAGUUAUGCUGAUCAUGAGACUUUGAAGAGCAUCACACAUAGCUUUCUGAAAGUAUUAGACGACUGUAAGCAUGAGUUAAAUCUUCCCGAAAACAUACUGGUAGACCUGUACCACUUCUGGAAGCAGGACCAAGAACUCAUGAAGAGAGACACAGGUUGCGCCAUCGCUUGCAUGAGCAAGAAACUGGAUCUAGUGGAUCCCAGUGGCAAGCUUCAUCACGGAAAUGCACAAGAGUUUGCUUUGAAACACGGAGCAGCGGCAGAAGUAGCGACGAAGCUCGUGACCAUGGUACACGAAUGUGAGAAGCAGCAUGAGGUGUUGGACGAUGUCUGUCUCAGAGCCCUGGAGAUAGCCAAGUGUUUCCGCGGAGGAAUACACGAGCUCAACUGGGCGCCUAAGAUGGAGGUCCUGGUCGGAGAAGUGUUGACUGAAGUCUGAGGAAUACCUGAUUAAAGUUAUUUCUAUCUU